ACCCCCGAUAUGUAGCCAGUGACGAAGGCGUUACGUCAUCUUUAGUGGACGGAAGUUGCGGACAGGAGUCCAAGGAUGGCAGGACUACUGAAGAAGACGACCGGUCUGGUGGGCCUGGCGGUGUCCCAGAACCCACAUGAGCGUCUCAGGAUUCUCUACUCCAAAAUCCUGGCGUCACUGCAGACGAUGCCACAGGACGCCGCCUACAGGAAGUACACGGAGCAGCUGGUCAACGACAGGCUGAGCCACGUCACAGCAGAGACUGACGUCGAGAAGCUGGAGAAGAAAAUCAACUGUGGUCAGAUAGAAGAAGUCAUUUUCCAGGCUGAGUGUGAGCUGGCUCUGUCCAGGAAGAUGUCGGAGUGGAAGCCAUGGGAGCCGCUGGUGGAAGAGGCGCCCCCCAACCAGUGGAAGUGGCCCAUCUAACCCCCCCCCCCCCCAUGUCCUGUCAAACUGUGUUUGUGUAUAAAUAAAAAUCCAUAUUUGUCAUUGA